AUGGCUGACGAGAAGACCUUCCGCAUCGGCUUCAUUGUGCUGGGGCUCUUCCUGCUGGCCCUGGGCACCUUCCUCAUGAGCCACGACCGGCCCCAGGUCUACGGCACCUUCUAUGCCAUGGGUGGCGUCAUGGUGAUCGGGGGCGUCAUCUGGAGCAUGUGCCAGUGCUACCCCAAGAUCACCUUCAUACCUGCGGACUCAGACUUCCAAGGCAUCCUGUCCCCAAAGGCGCUGGGCCUGCUGGAGAACGGGCUUGGUGCAGAGAUGAAGAGCUCCCAGCCCCCCUACGUCAGGCUGUGGGAGGACGCGGCCUAUGACCAGAGCCUGCCUGACUUCAGCCACAUCCGCAUGAAGGUCAUGGCAUACGGGGAGGACCCCCACCCCCUGCUGGCCCCAGAGCCCGGAAGCUUGCAGCCAGGAGUCAGUGAGGGAGGGGGAGGUGGCCCACCAGAAGCUCAGGCCUGGGUGGAGGCUGCAGUGGUGGUCCACAGGGGCUCGGACGAGGACGCAGGAGAGAGACAGCCAGCGCCGAACGGGCCCAGUCCUCUGGCCUGUUCCCAGGGCGCUGCACCCCUGGCUUCCUUCCAAGAUGACCUGGACAUGGGCUUCAGCGAGGGCAGCAGCCCCAACCCCUCUCCACCGGAGCCCCACCCCCCGCCCGGGGAGCCCUGGGUCUGCAGGUGCCGGCCCGACCGCUUCCAGGACUUCGCGCUGAUCGAUGCCACUGUGCUGGAGAAUGAGCCUUUGGAGGGGCAGUGGCGGGAGGCAGCCCUGCCCGGCUCUGGGCAGCCCUCCCUGAGGACAAAGGAGGGGGAGGAAGAGGAGGCCUCAGACGCAGGCGUGGGGGAGCCAGAGCAGGAAGAGGAAGACUUGUACUAUGGGCUUCCUGACGGCCCCGGGGACCCCCUCCCGGACAAGGAACUGGACUUUGAGCCCGAUGUCCAGGGCUGA